AGCGGCCAUUCCUUAAAUUUAAAUAAGUAUAAACAAUUUAAUAACCUCAAGAUCUUUAAAAAAUAAACAAUCUAUUGUUAAUAAAAACUUUAAUCCAAUUUAUUUUCCUCGUAAAAUUGAACCCUCGUUUUCUUGAAUUACAUUAAAUAUCUCGCAAAAUGUAUUCGUUUUGUAAAAUAAAACAUUGAUAUUUUCAUUACGAAUUACUUUUAUUGGAUAAUAUGAAUCCAUCACCAUUAUCACCAACAACAUUAGGAACGUCAUCAGGUCGCAGUGAUUCACAAGAUUCCGGUUUAAAUACAAACGGAACUCCAGUAUCUAAAAUAUUAAAUCACAUGAAACAUGAACUGCAAGUUCAAAAUCAGAAAAAAAAAUUAGAAAAAGAAUUACACGCCAAGCGGGUCCAGUCAUUGAGAAAAGAGUUGGAAUAUUUAAAAGCCACUGAAUGGAGAUAUCAGUCAAUCGAUGGAUACAAAUAGUCAUCAAUUAAAUGAAAUCAUUUAGACAAAAAAUCCAUUAGAUUAUCGGCAAAAAAAAAUCUAUAUACUAGACAAUUCAAAAUAUUUUUCUACAUAAUUUAUAAAUUUAUUUUUUUAUUCACAAAAUGUUUUCUCUACUAGUUAAUGCUGCCAAAUAUAUUUGGGGUAAGACUGACAACGAACCAAAUAUUGAUGAAAUAAUUAGCAGACUUGAAAAUUUUAAUGAUGAUGAUAAUGAUCCUUUAUUAGAAGAGAACGAUAAUUAUAAUAUCGAAGGAUGUUUUUAUAAAAAUGGAAUCAUAACAUCCAUUACAGCGGACACUAUUUUGAUAGACGAUCGCUAUAUCUGCGACGUAUCAAACGCGCCCAUAAAUAAUUUAGAAAAAGGAUUAAAAGUCCACUAUCUCGCUUACCAGGUAAGCGAAGAUGAUAUCAAAGUACGUAAAAUAAUAUCGAUAAUAAAUGAUUACUGGGAAGUAAAUAACGAUGACAGUAACGUUAAUAAAAUUGAAAAAAAUCAAAUGAUUCGUAAAAGUAUUGUCUGCAAAGUAAUGAAACGCGAGGGACGCAAAGUGCAUCUGGAGCCGAUAAAUACAGUAAUUGAUUUAGACAAAAUAAAUUCAACUUUUGUACCGUAUCGCGGUGAUUGGGUACAAGUAGAAUCGCUGGUUGAACUGAACGAAGACUCUGGUGAUCUAGCUGGCGAGGUAUUGGAUGUAAGUAAAAUACAGCCAUUGAGAUCGACAAUUAAAAUAGGAUUGAUAACGAAGUAUGAUAGUGAAAAAGGCGUCGGGAAUGUCGACAACGACAUGAUAUUUAGCAAAGUCGCUUGUCAGCCCGGUUACAUUCCUUGCGUUGGUGACAAAGUCGUCUGCGAUAGUAUCGAAAGUGAUCAGGGAAUUUUUACAUGGAGAUGUUUGACUGUGGUACCGCUUAUCCAGGUUGUCAACAGCAGACAGUCAGCUCCAUUGGUCAACAACAUCAGUCAAAUAAAUCAAGAUGACUUGAAGACGCUGUUAAAAAAUAAAAAUGAGAUUGCAAUCACUGAUGGCUUGAACUUUGAUCUAGAAUUUUGUGAAGCUAAAGAACUGGAUGUUGUUGUGACAAAUAAUGGAGCUACUGAUUGCACUUUAACCAAAGGUGUCUUUAUGUCGAAAAAGUCUCAGUCCCAGUUGUCAUUACUGUCACCGGAAAUAAACGAAAAAAUAAAAUUACAACCCGGUGACUCAGUAGUUUAUAAAUUUUUGUGUACAGCGAAAUUUGUUGGGUCAACUAAAGAGCUCUUUAUAUUUUGCUUCAAUAAUUUUACUAUCGGACGUAUGUUUGAGAUAAAUGUUAAUGCUAAAAGUGUAUCAACGAUGUCGGAGAAUGAAAAUAAAAAUUAUAAUAGCAAUAGAUUGGUCAGACAUGACGUUUAUGAUCAAGAGUCUUACAUACCAGGGGUACGUCCAUGCAAGGCGCCGAAUUUUAUAAAAGUACGGAGUGGAGUUUACCGGAUUCCUCAGCGUUAUUGGAACAUUUUAUUGCCUUGUAUCAAUGAAAAGAGAUCUGCUAUUGAAUUGGAAGGUGUUGUCGGAGAAGCAUUGGCGUUUUUAAAUGACGCGCUGACUCUUCAUAAUUAUCGCGAUCGUUUCCACGCUCUUCUCUAUCUGGAGGAAAUGAAUCUCACUAUUGAAAUGCAAAAGUAUGACAUGGACACUGCAGUUAUGACACACGCUGGAGAAUAUUUAAGUCUUAAAGUUCCUGGACUGGCUGAAAAACGCCCGUCGCUUAUCAUCGGAGACCGUAUUGUCGUCUCGUUUAACUGGGAUUCAAGUGGCGGGAAAAUAAAAAAUGAAGGUUUUAUUCACAAAGUUAAAAAUUCUGAAGUGCUUCUUAAAUUUAACCCGGAAUUUCACAAUACUUAUAACGGCGAAGAUUGUCAGCUUACAUUCAAAAGUUCAUACUCUGGACUCUCUCGUGCUCAUAAUGCAGUAAAUCUCGCAAUUACUAAUUUAGGGGCUGAAAUUUUAUUCCCUACAUCGGUUACUGAAAAAGAAUCACAAAUUUAUUUAGAAGAAAACGAUCCAGAUGAAAAACCAAAGAGUCUUAAAAAAUAUAAUCAAUCUUUAUCAUCAUCAUCAUCAGUAUCCGGUAGCACUUCCGCUGAAUCGACUCCUUCGAAGAGUGAAAAACCCAAAGCUUCAGCGAGAUUAUUAAAACUGUUAUCCGAAAUCGAUUCAAAAGAAAAAGAAGCAGCAUCAAAAAAAAAUAUUGAUUCUGAUCAAGUUAUCGACUCAUGCAAAUCACAGAUAAAAAAACGUAAAUUAAUUUGGUUUAAUAAAAAACUUAAUUACCAUCAGAAAGAAGCUGUCAGAAAUAUAUUAUGUGGCAUAGCGCGUCCACUUCCGUAUGUUAUAUUCGGACCACCAGGUACAGGAAAAACUAUAACUCUUUGCGAAGCUAUUCUACAAAUACUGACAACUAUUCCCGAGAGCCGGAUACUCAUCGCAACUCCGUCAAACAGCUCAGCAAAUUUAAUUGCCGAACGUUUACUCGACAGCAAUUCAUUGAAGCCUGGUGACUUGGUGCGAUUAGUUGCUCAUCACUGUCUGAGUGACGACUCUAUACCCGAGAGACUGCUGCCUUUCUGUGCAACGGGUGACUUAGCUGCCGAAGGAAGUUCCAAGAGAUUCGAAUAUUCUGGGUCUGGUCCUAUGAUUAAUUGCACGAUGAGUGUAUUAGGAAGACAUCGCAUCACGAUUGGCACAUGCAUUGCUCUGGGUUUGCUACACAACAUGGGAUUCCCACGUGGUCAUUUUUCUCAUAUUCUCGUUGACGAAGCAGGACAAGCCACAGAACCAGAAAUAAUGGUGCCGCUGUCAUUCAUCCACUCAGACACUGGGCAAAUUGUUUUGGCUGGAGAUCCAAUGCAACUUGGACCAGUCGUAUCAAGCAGACUGGCUGAACAUUUCGGUCUCGCUGAGUCAUAUCUCGUAAGACUACUCCAGCAAUUUCCGUAUCAACGUGAUAAUGAAGGGUUCGAAAUGGGAUACGACCCAAGACUUAUUACCAAACUUGUUAUUAAUUAUCGCAGUCUUCCAGAAAUUUUGGAUCUUCCGAAUUCAUUAUUUUAUGACUCGGAAUUGGUUUCAAAUGUCAGUAGUACUGACAGUCCUGAAGCUGAAAUGUUGAGAUCGAUUGCUGAUGAGUUGCCUUCGCGUGAUGGUCAGCCACCGGCUGUUGUUUUUCACGGAGUCAAUGGAGAGAACCGUCAAGAUUCGGACAGUCCUAGUUGGUAUAAUCCAGCGGAAGCAACUCAAGUUUAUCUUUAUCUGUUGAAACUUUACAAACGAGGGUUCAAUGAGAACGACAUCGGAAUUAUUACGCCUUAUCAGAAACAAGUUGCGCAAAUACGUUCAUUAUUGUGGGAGUUGGACAUGCAGCUGCCAAAAGUAGGAAGUGUUGAAGAAUUCCAGGGCCAAGAACGUAAGAUAAUAAUAUUGUCAACAGUCAGGUCUUGCAAUAAUUUUGUCAGCAAUGAUGCUCGGCAUGCGCUGGGUUUUGUAGCAUCACCGCGGAGACUGAACGUUGCUAUUACACGACCACGUGCUCUGUUAAUUAUAAUCGGGAACCCGUUUUUAUUAGCUAAGGAUCCAUGUUGGAGAAGUGUGCUGGCUUAUUGUCUCAAAAAUGAUUCUUAUACUGGCUGUAAUUUUUCCAUGUCAUGUGUUGAUGAUACUGAUGAUCCAUGUGAUUAAAAUCAAAGUGAUAGAUGAUUAUUUUUCGAAAUAAGUAUUAAUUUAAUUUAAUUUGUGCUCAUUUUAAUUUUAAGUUGUCAGUUCUUAUGACUAUGGUGUAAGAUAAAUCUAUUCGAGUUUGAUAUUAUAAUUAGAUAUUUAUUUAAUUCGAAUUCAUAUUUUUAUUUAUUAGAAUUAUUUUUUUUUGGUAUUAAAAAUUAAGUCAAUUUAUUUUUUGUAUUUAAAAAUAAUGAUAAACUUCUGUAUCUGAUAAAAAUUAUGAUGAUCCUGAAGUUAGCAGGCAAUUAAUAAUUUUUGAAUUUUUUUUUCUACUAAUUAAUUGCAGAAAAAAAAAUCCAAAAAUAUGCACUGGUAGGAAAUUAAAAUAUCUAUAAGUGCAAUUUUGUAAAAUAUUUUUUUUUUUUGUAAUUUACUGUUUUUAGAAAAAUCCAAAACUUAUCAGACGUCGGCUAACUUUAGUAUUAUAAAUUAUGUAGGGUAAACUACUCAGUUCCAGCUCCUUUAGAAAAUUUUUCUUUACAAACUUAGGCCAUAAAAAAUUUUAUAAUUUUUGCUUAUUAAAUCUAAAAUAAUUUAUCUUUAAUUAAAUGUUUAUAUUUAUAUGAAAAAUAAUAUCUGGCUGAAUGAGGAUUUCAUUUAAUUAUUAAAAAAAUUAAUAAUUAUGUCUCAAUAUAUACAGAGGAAUUGGACUGGUGAACUAGCAAUCAAAUCCUUAAUCCGAAGUUAUCAAUAAUGAAUUAAAAUAAUUAAUAUUUUCAUAUUUAAUUUCUUAUAUAAAAAAAUAAAUGCAUAUUAUAUUUUUAUUUCGUUUAUUGAAAUUAGUCAUGAGC